UUUUGUCUUUUCGGAGGUGGGAUCUUGAGACAAUUUUUGUUGGUAAACAUAGCGUCCACGGGACGGAAGAGGAAGCGCUCGGCGCUUGAAGUAGGGAUUGACAUAGAGGAGUCGAUCAUGCCAUCCCACAACAAAAAAUCACAACGCCGAUCUGCCAGCGGAGACGGUGCUGCAGCGCCAGCUUUUGACAGCGGAGGCAGCAUGGUCAAAAACCAAGACAGAAAGAAUGAGAAGGGAAUCGAUAGCCCGGAAAACGUAAAACUUCUUCAGUGGAAACAGACAGAUAAAGAUGUCCGUCUUGCACUGGAUGUGGGAAAUAUAACUGAGAAAGAUGUAGAUGUCGGUUACACACAGUCUGGUGUGCUAGUCAAGUUUGAAGAUGGACGUUCCUGGAAAUGUUCAUUCCCACAUCCAAUUCUUCACAAUCAGAGCAGAGUCGUUCUGGCUGGCGGAAAAAUUCUUUUGAACUUGAAAAAGAAAGAUGAAGUAACUUGGAAUGAUCUUGGGACAUUCUCCAGUGAAAGAACUGGCGUAAAAAAGGAUGCAGCAACAACUUCAGUUUCUGAUGUAAAAAACAACGAGUCCCAAAUAGAAAACGAAGAAGAGAGUGCAGCAAAGGAAUCAGUGGACAUGGUUGUUGGAAGUGAGAAGGAGAAAAGUGAAAAUGACGGCGGUGACGAAGCUCCUUGUGUUUUGGAUCAUGUGAAACAUGACUGGUUUGAAAAAGGUACAGACAUCAUGGUUGUCCAUAUGUAUGUCAAACAGAUCAUUAAAGAGCACCUGGACAUCCAGUAUCAGAGUGACACAGUGAAGAUACACUUCAAAUCAAGAGAUACAAAGUUUCUCAGCUUACACCAGGGCACUGGAGAAGAGACUUGGUUUUGCUGGAACUUGAAGUUGAGGCAUGCUAUUCAGCCAGAUCAGUGUAAAUCAAGGGUGACGGGAACUAUGGUUGAACUGUCCUUGAAGAAGAAAGAUGCUGUGAGGUGGAAGGCUCUGGAAGCACCUGUUGAUACAGCACCAGUAGCCCCAGCACCCCAGAAGGUGGACAACGGUGUCCAGCAGGAAAUGACCAGUGGCCCAAAGCCUGUCACAUUUGAUGAGGUGGACCGUGUGACCACAAAGGGCACCAGCACAGAGGGAAGCACUAUCCAAGAUAGCACCAAGCCAGCAGUAGAGUCCACCAGUACAGCAGCACAGAAGCCAACCUGUUUGGUUUCCCCACUGAACAAACCCAGUAUUACCAAGCUUGUGGAGCCAGGAUUUACUGGUCUGGACAACCUCGGCAACACAUGCUUCAUGAACAGUGUGCUUCAGGUCCUGGCAAACACGAUAGAAUUCAGAGAUUUUUUUCUUGAUGGUCACUACCUGAAGGACAUUAAUGAGUCCAACCCCCUGGGCAGUGGUGGGCGGCUGGCCGCCACCUUUGUUUUCCUGCUUAAAGUGCUCUGGUCAGGGACACGGUCAUCCUAUGCUCCCUCUAAACUGAAGAAUCUGAUAGCCAUGAAAGCCAGUCAGUUCACUGGAUUUGCCCAGCAUGAUGCGCAAGAAUUCAUGGCAUUUCUUUUAGAUGGACUACAUGAGGACUUGAAUCGUGUCCGAGACAAGCCUUACACAGAGACAGUUGAAGACAAAGGGAGACCAGAUGAGGUUGUGGCUGCCGAGGCAUGGGAGGUAUACCAAAAGAGGAAUAACUCCUUCAUAGUGGACUCUUUUCAAGGGCAGUUCAAGUCCAAAUUAGUCUGCCCUCAUUGUAACAAGGUUUCCAUCACAUUUGAUCCCUUCAUGGUAUUAUCAGCACCACUGCCCAAGAAGUUAGUCUCUUUUCCUGUCAUAUAUAUGUCAAAAGACUCAUACACAAAGCCAAUCAGGUACAUGAUCAGAUUACCUUGUGAUGCUGGUAUAGGACAGCUUAAGCAGGCCAUUACAGACAAAACAGGGGUAGAUCCUAAAAAUCUAAGACUACUGGAGAUGUACAAAAGUAAAAUACACAAACUUAUAGACUGUGAUGGAGAUGUAAGCACCAUCAAUGUCAACGAUAUCAUUCUAGCGUUUGAAGUAUUGUCAGAAGAUUUGGUUGGAGAGCCUGUUGUAGAAAUUAAUAUGAUACAGCGCACGGUAUUGCCUGUUCAACUCCCAACACGUUGCUCCAACUGCAGACAAGAGUGCCCUCCUGACGGCAAACUAAAACGCUGCACAAAAUGCUACAGGGUGGGAUACUGUGAUCAAACAUGCCAGAAGAAUCACUGGCAGCAGCACAAGAUGGCGUGCAGACAGGUGAUGGAGCCGGUGGGAUAUCCUUUCAUCUUCAGCUUACCCCAGUCUCAGGCCACCUUCAGCAGGAUUUGUCAGGUGGCAGAAGCCUUUGCAAGGUACUCAGUGGAUGUUUUCCAGCCUCCUGUGCAACAAAAAAGUUGUGAGACUUCAUCAUUAUCAUCAUCUUCAUCAUCGACCUGUACUACUACUUCGGCUACCUCCUCCUCAUCCCCAACGACUUCUACAUCUACCGAUUCAACACUUGUUGAGGCAGACGGCAUCUCAUUAAAUCAAGAAAAUUUGACAGAUCUCAGCUCUCAAAACUCAGACACGGAUGUAUCCGACAAUGGUGGUUCAUCUGCACAAAGAAAUUUAGACAUCCAGGAUAAUAAUGUUUCAGGAAAGGAAAUGGACCUAUCAGAAACAAAUAAUGUAGUUUCUGCGGAAUCAAAUGAAGAAUUAAACAGCCAAUCAGAAAGCUCAGAAACUACUGCCGCUCUCUCUGACACCGUGCACAAUGAAGAACAAAAAUCUUCAGAGGAAAAUUCUGACAAAGAAUCUGAGACAAUAGAAGAGAUAACAGGCAGUGAAAAGCAAGAACUCGGAAGUGGGGACAGCAAAAAUGGGGUCUGUUCUGAGACUACAGAAAAUGAUGUAGCCUCCACUAGUAAAACUGUCAAAGAUGGCGUUGGGUCUAGCACGAAGAAUGGACCUCCACAGCGUCUGGUGUUAGGCAACCCUCACUCACACAAGACAAACCCACUGUUUUUACUGAAACUGGUCAAUCAGUUUGGACAAAAUAUAUCGGGCCAGGAUCCAAGAGAAUUAGAGGACAAAGACGAGGAGCCCUUGGAUCUGGACACUGAGGACCCCGUAUGGAUGGCCAUGGACUGGAAGAACGCAGAGAAGUUGACGCCAUUUGUCUUGGUGCAGUCCAAGGACCUUGAGUGUGAAGAUCAUCGUAGUGUUCGCAACGCAGACAGCUUGGAAAAGCCAAGCAUUACUUUGAAUCAGUGUCUGCAGCUGUUCACAGAACCAGAGGUCUUGAGCCCUGAAGAAGCUUGGUACUGUCCACAAUGCAAACAACACAGAGAGGCAACAAAGCAGAUGUCCCUGUGGAAGUUGCCCCAUAUUCUCAUCAUCCAGCUGAAACGCUUCUCUUUCCGUAACUUCAUCUGGAGAGACAAGAUAGACAAGAUGGUGCAGUUUCCUGUGAGGAACUUGGACCUUACGAAUUUCUGCAUGGGUAAAAUUCACGGUGAGGGGGAAAUGCCCAUAUAUGACUUGUAUGGAGUGGUGAACCAUUAUGGAGGAAUACUUGGCGGCCAUUACACUGCCUUCACGCGCCUGUAUGACCCAGAGAAUCCAAGAAAGAACAGACUUGACUGGAGAAUCUGUGAUGACAGCAACGUGGGCUACAUCAGCGAGAAGCACAUAGUGAGCCCCGCAGCCUACCUUCUCUUUUAUAGGCGGCGCCACAGUCUCAUCCAGUUUCCACGGGAACUAACCCCUCCCCCUCAAGACCAGGAUGCUGAUGGCGAUGAAGAGGCAAAUGAUGAAGAGGAAGAAGAAGGAACGGGUCAUUCUUCUGUGUCAAAUUUUGAGUCUGAGACAGAUACUGCAUUGCAGUCAAGAGAGUGCGAGGAACCUUUGUUUACUGACAUGGAUGCUGUUGAUUAGGCAGAUAUUAAGGGACACUUCCUGAAAAAAUGAAUGAAAUAUUGGAAAUUAAUUUUUUAAUUUCAUUUUUGCAUAUUUUUGUCAUUUUUAUAUUACUUCUUAUCAUUAUUAUUAUUUCAGGUUAGAAAAAUGAUCACUUUAUUAAUUUGUUCUUACUGAAACAAAUAUACUGUAUCGAAGAAUUGAAUCAUCAUUUUCCAAAAAGAAAGCGUGUAAAUAAUGACUUCACUUUUCUCUCACUUUUCUGAUCUCACUUGUAAGAAAACGUAAUGUGGCAUUGAUUUUGUUUUUUCAUUCUCAUCACCUCUUGGAAUGGGUGAAAAUACCAGUUUUGUCCUAAAAACUAUUAAGUCUUUUGAAUGUUUUCUUCAGUUUUGUUUUAUUUAUGAGAUUCAGUAUUCAGUAAAUAAAUGUGAUAGAGAGAAAAACACUGUGAAGGUUGUAAUUAUAGAAUUAUAAUUAUGUUAUCAUUGUCAUAUAAUUUUUUUCAGUAAAUAUUUCUGUAUAUUUACAUGCUUCUGUGCUGCUACUUUCCAAGUUAUAUGUGAUGUGUGCUAAAAUGAUUAUUGCAUUUAGGAUAAUUUUGGUGUGUGACACUUACUAAUAUAUGAACAGAAAAUGAUAACAUUGUCUUUUUUCCAAUGUCAAGGUCAGUAUAACAGCUGAAAUUUGGUCAGUAUUCUUAGUGGCAUUAUUUGAAAUUUCAAGGUGAAAGACCUGUCACAUGUUAGCAGAUAUGGGGGAAACUUUGGAGAUACUGAAGGUGCAGGGGCCUGCACUACAAGAAACCUGCAGGUCCUCCCAAUUUUGUUCUUGUCUGUUAUUCGGGGGCGUCUUGAUAAUCCGAAGUUUCAUUGGUCUGAAGGUUCAUUGGUCCGAAAAAAUCAUUUGUACUCGCUUCUGAUGAACUUCAAUUUAGUGCCAGUAAACUUUACACUUUGUUCAUGCAUUACUUCCGUAUCAAACCUUCAGAUCAGUGAACCUUUGGCCCCUGUUAUUCCACGUUUACAUAUGAUUUACUAUUAGGAAUUAUUGUAUUUUCACUUAAACCUUGCCAGUCCAGAGGACCUGUGAUUUCAAAAAAUCAUGGCCAGUCAGUCAGGCAGCUUCCCCAUUUCUGUCUUGGACUGUUUUGUUGUGAUUGAAAUGUCAGCGUUAAUUUUCCAUAAGAUUUUGAUAUGUAGCUCUGUGACUCAAGAGGGCCGGGAUAACCCCCAAGCAGAGAUUUGUUAAAGCUUAUGAAUGGUUUGGUAAAACUACCUGCCAUAUUAAACACAAAGGCAUGAUUCUAAGCUUAUUAGGUCUGUUAUGCAUAUGUAAAAGAAAAUGAGAAAUUGUAGACUUAGUGGUUAAUCUGUGUUGUUAUUGAAGAUUGGCACAAGAUUAAAAAUUUAAAGACACAAGGACAAUUUGACUAUAUAAUGUAUAGGUCACAGGGCUUUGAAAAAAGUAUUGAUUUUGUGUUGUUUUGUUGCUUUUACGGUUUUAAUUGAUAGGGGGUGUCCCACACAGGGAACACCAGGGGUGCUUAAGGACAGCUGCUACGUGAUCUGUUAUCAGCCUCCAUAUAUUUCCAGGUCUUUCAAAUCUCAUGUGGCAUUGACUUUGACAUGUGAUUAGGAAAAAUGUAUUUAUAAAGUGACACAGUUUAUUUAGUGUCUUUUAAAUAACAAAUCAGGAGUAAAGAAGCCUGGAAUUGUACUUUUUUUGUAAUUGAUGUUGACUGGGAUAUAUUAUAUACAAGUGAAAUUUGUUAUAUCUUUAACGUUUAUGUUGUUGUUUUUGGUGAAUAACAAUUUUUAUGUUCUCUUCUUCUUCUAGAUUGAUUUCCUGUUGAAAGGGCAUAUUCUUGAUACUUGUUUUCUUCAGACUCUUUCAAAUGUUUAUCAGCUCAUAAUUUUGAAGUAUAUGAUGAUAAGAUCUUCAUUAAGCAUAGACUUUUAAUUAUAAACUUCUUGCCCAGUGGGGAUAGAGGAGAGAAAUAAGCUAAUGGAAAUUGUUAACUCACACACGCACACACACCAACUUUGUUUCAAAUAAAAUGGGCGUAUGUUAACUCCUACUCAUUGUUUAUGUUGUGCAAGAUUUUUUGAUUCCCUUUGUGUAAAUUUUCU